AUGACUCAGAAACUCUUCAUCCACAUUCACUCUCGACUGUCUGACAGAGAAACUUCAGUCCUGCAGAGCUCAGUAAGUCCAGGACCUCCUCCUCCACAGUGGGUGGUUUUUGUCUCCCCUGGGCCCCCGUCUAAACUCCGACUCUCUGACCCCUCUGUGAGCUGCAGCAGUAUGUCCACAUGAUGACACCGAGGUGUUGGUAUCUGUCUCCGUCUGCAGCUUCUGUCUCUCUGCGUGUUUUUUUUUUUUGUUUCAGCAGGAGUCAAAAGGAGGAAUGACGUCUCCUCCAGAGCCAACACUGGAGUCUGAGCUCCUCCUGAUAGAAUCCAGCAGAGAGACGACUCUUCCAAAGCUUUAUCAGCAGCAGCAGCAGCAGAAUUACACCACCACCGUCCACAAUAGAAACCAUUUACAUCCAACUCAGGAGGACGGCCUGGUUCUGGUUCUGGUUCUGUGCCUCUUCACUAAAAGGAUUCCCUCACUCUCACUCUCGCUGCUCAGAUUCUCUGGACCGGUUCCUUGUUCUGGCAGGACUCGGUCCGACUGUGAUUAG